GUCAUGGGUGGUGGGCACCGGGUAACAGCCGACUGGGUGCUGAAGGAGAUCGACAAGUUUGCCCAGGGCCUGGGCAAGUGGCUCAAGGUGGCCGGCGACGACAAGGCCGAAAUUCUUCAGCACAGCAUCAGCAGCCGCCCGUUGACAGAGCACAAGACGAUGGUGGAGUUCGGCAGUUUUGUCGGCUACACAGCUACGCGCAUGGGUCGGGCGGUGGAGCGAACCUACGAAGCAGGGUAUGCGGACGGCUCGAUCCUCUUCGAGGACUCACGGCUGCAAGGCGCCAACCGGAUCACCUCCAUGGAGAUCGACCCGGUGCACGCCUGCAUCGCAAGGCAUGUGCUUGACAUGAGCCGUCUCUCCCACAUCGUGGAGGUGUGGAUUGGGCAGGUCAAGGACCUCAUUCCACGCUUGACGGAAGAGCAUGGAGACAUGAGUCUGAACAUGGUCUUCAUGGACCAAAGGGGGACCACCUUCCAUGACGAUCUGUCGCAGUUGGAGGAGUUGAACCUCAUGUUCCCCAACUGCCGAAUUGUGGCUGACAACUGCGUCAAGCCUGGCUCGCCAGUGUACUGCUGGCAUACGACUGUCAGUGAUCGUUACAAGACCACAAACUACAGCCUCAACGAGUUCUUGGAGUCCACAAUUGAAGACUGGCAGGCCAUUGGAUGGUUCAGGGUACCCGAUGCUCCGCGCGCGGAGUAUGGGACCGAGAUCUUACCACCCUCCGAAGCUGAGGUUCGGUUAGAGCGCAAGCGUGGGGAUGGCAGAAAAGGCAACAAAGCACGUGUCGGGGGUGCGGCGGAAGAGGAACAAGGGGAGAUACACUUAGCGACGCAUAGGGCCCCACGGGCGCUGACGGCGAACGUGCGGAGUGUUCUCAGAGAAGCGAUGAAACUGGAUCGUGUCUGUGCCGUCCUUGGCGACAAGGAGGCUGAGGCCAUCCUUUCAGCGAUGGAAUUCUUCCAGUUCCAACCCGGCGAGGUGGUCAUAGAGCAAGGAAAGACUGGAAACACCUUCUUCGUGGCCCAGACUGGCUCGCUAGAGGUGAGCGUCAACGGCAGUGUUUGCAACACCGUCUCCCAAGGUCAAGCCUUCGGGAGUCUGGCACUUUUGUACAACUGCCCGCGGACGGCAACAGUGAAGGCUCUGACGCAGUGCGGCGUGUGGGGCGCGAAUGGCGCCGCUGUCCACGACGCGCUGCGAGAAAAUGCUCACAGGCACCAGCAAGACUACAGGCAGUUUCUGGAUUCAAUCCGGCUCUUCGACGGAUUGACGGACAGCCAGAAGGAGAAAGCUGCCGAAUCAGCGUUCAAGGAGGUUUUUGAGACUGGCGCGAGACUGGUCACCUCCGGCGAUGAUCUGGCGGCCAUCUACUUUGUCAAGAAGGGCGAGCUUCAAGUCAUGAGAGGCGGAAAAGUCCGAGCGGAUGGCACCUUCGUCGAUGGCCAGGUCGUAAACACUCUGGGACCUGGCAACUCGCUGGGAGAGUCCCUUCUGUCGGGUGCUUCAGGUGCCGGCGCCAGGUGGGAGCACACCGUGGUGGCAUCGAGUAGCUGCGAGGUGCUCUGCAUCUCCGUCCCAGAGCUCCAAAACCUUCUCGGCGAAGACCUGGGCCGAGUGUUGGAGACUGGCCUUGUGCUGAAGGCCAUGCAGGAGAGUGCAGUGCUCUCCCAGUUUUCCUCUGGGCAGCGCAGCGAAAUUUCCAAGUCGGUCACAGUGCGGACUUACGCAGCCGGGGCGAAGGUGGAAGACCAUGCGGGUUUCCUGGUGGUCCUCAAAGGCCAACUGAAAGGAAAGUGGCAAGGCAAGCCAACCCCUUUGGAGCAGGGCCAGUGGUUGGAGGACAGCGCGCUGCUGGAACGCUCAGAACUGCGGAGCGACCUCCAGGAGAUGGCGGCCGGGCCGGAUGGCGCACGAGUCGCAUCUCUUAGCAAGGCCGGGCUUUCGACUGCCUUGGAGAAUCUGGGUCUGGCUGCGGUAGCUGCGGGCGAGGAGGCAUCGGAUUUGGCCCGAAAGAUGUUGAUGGUCAGGAAGGUGCGAAUCUUCCAGCACCUCUCCGGCGAGCAAGUGAGCAAAUUGGUUCGGUCCUUCGUCCUUCAGCGCCACCGGAAGGGUGCGCAGGUGAUCAAGCAGGGCGAGGUGGGAUCAUCCUUUUUCGUGAUCGUGAGCGGCGAGGUUGCCAUCACCAUCAAUGACAAGUUCAUCCGCGCCAUGUCCAAGAACUCCUACAUAGGAGAGAGGGCACUGCUCUUUGAUGAGCCACGGACCGCCACGGUGGAGGUGACCUCGAGCGAGGCCGAGUUCUGGUCCAUUGAGAAGCACACCUUCACUCAGAUCGUGAAGGGGAAGAUGCAAGCGGAGCUGAUGCACCGCAUUCGACUGCAAGACUCCUCGUUCGGACUGAAGGACCUCAGCCAAGUCUCCGUGAUCGGGGCUGGCGCAGCUGGCGUGGUGCGUUUGGUGAUCAACAAGAGCACCGGCACUAGGUACGCGCUCAAGCGCAUUCGAAAGCAGGGUGGCAAGGUCCCUGAAGAGGUAAACCGCGAAUGUGGACUUCUGAAGGGUCUUGAUCACCCGUUCAUCAUGGCGCUCGUCAAGACUUUCGAGACUGACAG